UUUACUUAGAAAUCAAAAGAAACUUGAAGAAAGGUAUAUUCCUAUUGUUGAAUUUGUCAGCAAUUUCAAAGUCUUCAUCAUGGACAGAGAUAGUCGUAAGGAGAUUGGCACUACUCAUGAACGUGAAGCGCCAUUGAUGACUCCAGAUAAUCCUAGAUUUCAUUUGCAUUUAGUAGCUAAAACAUCUCGGCCUUCAGAACGACCAAUAAUAAGAUCGACCAAAUGGGAGCGUCUCUCUUACUACAGGGCCCUAACAGCCACACCAUGCAAGACAGAGAUAAUUGUAAUGAAACAUGUGGAGUUAAAUGUGUGUAUUUGGUUUUAUGUACUGAAUGUGUUCUUUAUAACAUUGCCACAUUGCUUCGUCCAUUUUUUUAUGGCAACUUAUGCACCAGAAGAGCAUCUCUUUUUGAUUAAAAUGGUACCCAUAUGCUUUGGUUUUAAAUAUUUAUUGGUUAUGGCAGGAUUUUGUGAGAUUCUUCUAUGUUUAGACACCGUAAUGAUGUUGUUUCAUUACUUAAUGGAUGGAAUUAUAAGGAAAAAUCCAUGGAACAGGUGUGAUACGAAAACUUACUACGAUGCACUUCUAAAUGUAACAAUUCAAUGUUACAAUUUACAAGAAUUUGCUGAAACAUUUAAUAAUGUUACAUUAGGAUACGAAAAGUCUUCUUAUAUGACGCCAGACAAGAACUAUAUACAAAUAUCACAGAUGGACUAUUAUAGGCAUUUAUUUGAAAUAUGGAUCCGACACAUGUCCCGCAUAUUCAACAUAUUGUCGCCUAUCCCUCAAGUAGCUGGCAAAAAACUGAAGUGUAUGCGGGGUGAAACCAAAGCUAGCGAACUUCGUAAGCAACACGUCAUUAUCGACAAGGUCGAAUGCUUUUCGGAAAUCGAAAUAAGCAGCAUCAGUCUGCCUCCCACCAUCCACUGUUGGUAUCAGAUGAGCCAUGUGACAGAGAAGAUUACUGGUGGUGCUCCUUCCCGGUCGAAACCCAUGCUGAGCAUCGGAGAGCUGCGCGCGCACUUGCACUACAUGAAUGAGCUGGACGUAUUCCGAAACGCAUCCUAUUUUUUCGUUUUAUUCCUUGGGAUCACUUUGUUUCAUCAAUUAGUUGAGACAAAAAUAUUUUGGAAGUUUCUAAAUGGAUGUCAGUGGGGAAUAAAUAUCGUUGAUCUGAUUACUUUCAUAUACUUGUUAGCGCAAAGCAGUGAAUUGACAGAAGAACAAAAAUUAGUCAAUAGAACUUCUGAAGUUAAUAAAGGCCCUAGUAUAUUUAGUUCACAGUUUUGGUCUGCUGAUGUCGAUGUUAUAUCUGAAUCUAUAACAGCUCCAGCUGUCAUUCAUGUCUUGAGCGCCAGAAGCACACAGGAGAUCUCACCAAGCACAGAUACUGCAACCAUGGUGAUUUCAAAUGCACUAAUUUACUUGUUCAGAGUAAGUUUUGUAAAGUCCAUAUUUCUCUACUUACUAUACCCAGUGGGACGACUGGUCGAUGAUUACACAUUCCAUUACGGAGCUCCUCCAACUAAGUUGAGAAUUUUAAGUCUGCGCAUGGUACCUGUAUAUUACACGUUCAAAUUCUAUUUCCUCAUGAAAGCAGUAUGGAACGUUCUAGAAGACGACAAGUAUGGAUCGUUAGUGCCACACUACAAAUGGUCCUGGUUUAUCAUGUUGAUUCCACUCUUCGUUGGAGUACUAGUUGUUUUGUACAAGUAUUUGAUAAAACGACAUAUGACAUGGCAAUUUAUGUUUCGGCCGAUGCCCAAAUGGGGACCCAAGGAGUUUUCUGAAAGACAACUUAGGAAGCAGUUCAGUUCCAGAUAUUACAUCAGUUCAGAAGUGCCAAGAUUAUUAAGUCGUUACCUAAUGACGAAGAGGGAAUCCAAAGUGUAUAAGGUGGAUGUUCGCUAUGAUGUCCAGAGGAGGUCCACAGUCACCAAGGCUGUAGGGUUUGGAGCUAUUAAUGGUGAUAAAAAGAAAAUUUAA